GCUGCCGGCGCGCAGAGCGCAUGCGCGGGCGGCCGGGAGGGCGGGGGCCGGCGUUCAGCGGGGAGCGCUCUGGCCGCCGGUGCCGCCCGCACUCCGCGCUCCCGCCCGGCGCCGCCGCUACCCGGGACCGGUGGCCGCCGCCUCCGCGCAGAGCCCGCGCCCUCUCCCGCUCCGCGUCCUCCCGUCGUCCUGCCCCGCCAUGAAGUUGAGCAGCCGCGGCCGGGGAUGCUGCGCGGGCGGCAGCCGGGAGCGCGGGCCGCCGCCGCGGAGCCCCUUCGUGCACCAGCUGCGCUUCAGCCCCCUGGAGAAAGCCAAGAUUGCCUUCAUGACCUUGACUCUGUUUCCUAUCCGACUCUUUUUUGCUGCUUUUAUGAUGCUGCUGGCCUGGCCUUUUGCGUUCAUUGCCUCAAUGGGAUCUGACGAGCAAGAGCUUGAAAAGCCCCUCUCCUGGUGGCGAAAGAUAGUGGAUAUUUUGCUGAAAGCAAUAAUGAGAAUGAUGUGGCUUGCUGGUGGAUUCCACUGGAUAAAUGUAAAAGGCAGACGGGCGUUGCCAGCAGAAGCAGCAAUAUUGACAGUGGCUCCCCACUCUUCCUACUUUGAUGCCAUUCCAGUAACCAUGACCUUCGCCUCCAUUGUGAUGAAGGCAGAAAGCAAAGACAUUCCUGUUUGGGGAACUCUGAUCAAAUAUAUCCGACCAGUAUUUGUAUCUCGGUCAGACCAGGAUUCUCGCAGGAAAACUGUUGAAGAGAUAAAGAGGCGUGCCCAGUCUGAUGGUAAAUGGCCACAGAUAAUGAUAUUCCCAGAGGGCACUUGCACAAACCGAUCCUGUCUAAUUACAUUCAAACCUGGAGCGUUUAUUCCUGGGGUUCCUGUGCAGCCAGUGGUUUUACGUUAUCCAAACAAACUGGACACAAUCACAUGGACAUGGCAAGGGCCAGGAGCGUUUGAAAUUCUGUGGCUUACUUUAUGUCAAUUUCACAAUUCUGUGGAAAUUGAGUUUCUACCUGUGUAUAUUCCUUCAGAAGAAGAAAGAAAAAAUCCAGCGUUAUAUGCCAAUAACGUCAGGCGUGUAAUGGCAGAGGCGUUGGGAGUUCCAGUGACAGACUACACAUUUGAAGACUGUCAGCUGGCUUUGGCUGAGGGACAGCUUCGUCUACCUGCAGAUACGUGUCUUUUAGAAUUUGCAAAGCUUGUGAGAAGCCUUGGGCUGAAGCCAGAAAAACUUGAAGAUGAUCUUGAUAAAUAUGCUGCCAGUGCCAUGAAAAUGAAGAAAGAAAAGGUUAAUCUCAAAGAAUUUUCAGCCUACUUGGAAUUUCCAGUUUCUCAGACAUUAGAAAGUAUGUUUGCACUUUUUGAUGAGAAUGAAGAUGGUGUAAUUGACAUUCGGGAAUUUGUCAUUGCUCUGUCAGUUGUCUGUAAGCCGUCCAAAACUCUGGAAACAAUUCAGCUGGCAUUUCAGCUGUACCAGUCAGAAGGCGGAACUGUAACAGAAGAGGAUUUAGCUCAUAUUCUGAAGACUGCCAUGGGUGUGUCACAAAUUGAUGUUACACAUCUUUUUAGAGCUGUAGAUGAAGAGGAAAAAGGAAAGAUUACAUAUGAUGACUUCUACACAUUUGCUGUGUUGCACCCACACUUUGCAGAAGAAUAUCUCUAUGCUGAUCAGAUGGGAGCUGAGAGCAGCUUGGAGAUUUCACCUCUUUCUGCUCCUAAUGGUAUCUGUACUGACUUCAGCCCUGACAACGCUGGAGAUAGAAGCAAGCCCUUGCAGAAGAAACUGAAUUAACACUAUAAUUGUUACCUUCCUCUCCUGGUGAGAGGGUUGUAUUUUCUUGGAAUUUUCAUAAGUCACUCCAAUUAUACAGCAAAUACCAGUUUUGUGUGUGAAAGUUCUACCUGAAUACCAUCCUUUGAAUCAUAUGUGCUGUGUUUAACAACAUGUUCCAGGUUACUUUGGGAAAGGUGUUUUUAUUUUUUUUAAAAAGGUCUUUGAAAGGCAAAAAUGUGAAUGUGCUUCAUUAUUAAUGUUCAUAUUUAAAAGGAAGCGGCACAACUUAUUUAUAUUCCAUUGGCUAGUUCCAUGUACCAAGUGUCGCACAAACUGUGCAUGUAUAAAGAAAAUGUAGCUACUAUGGUGUAAAGUGCACUUUGGUGAUUAGUGUUUUCCCUAGUUAUGGGGAUGUUUAUUUGGGGCCAAACUUUGCUGUCCAUAUCUGAAUAGUCAGUCUUGUUGAUUUUGGUGGGAAUUAUUCUCUUGAGCAAGGUAAGCAUACUUCGGCCCUUUGUUUUGGUUCCAGUUUGGAAACAGUAAUACAAAAACUUGCUAAGGAUUACUUUUUUCUUUUUAUUGCUGAAUGGCAAAAUUGUUUCUCUUUCCAUGGUAGAAUGAAAAGGAGAGGCUCCUUAUCCCUCACCCCAGCACUUUUCUACUGUAAUCUUCCGGAUGCAAUUAAACAUGAAUUCUUUCCAAACUGA